UGUCGUGUUUGUGAGUUGCGUUUGUUCACAUAAGGGAACUAAAGUUAAGGCGAUAUCCAACAAGAUGGGACUGAGGGACGAACUUUUGAAAUCUAUAUGGCAUGCUUUUACAGCUUUGGAUGUUGACAAAAGUGGGAAAGUGUCUAAAUCUCAACUAAAGGUGCUGUCACACAAUCUGUGCACCGUGAUGAAGAUCCCACAUGACCCUGUGGCACUGGAGGAUCACUUUAGGGAUGACGAUGAGGGACCCGUCUCCAACCAGGGAUACAUGCCCUACCUGAAUAAGUUUAUCCUGGAUAAGGUUCAAGACAACUUUGAACGUAUCGAUUUCAACAGGAUGUGCUGGACCCUAUGUGCACGUAAAAAUCUGGACAGGAAUAACCUGCUAAUUAGUGAUGAUGAUGCCUUCAAGGUCUGGUGCAUUUUCAAUUUCCUGUCGGAAGACAAAUACCCGCUGGUCAUUGUCUCUGAAGAGAUUGAAUACUUCCUGCGGAAACUCACAGAGGCCAUGGGGGGCGGCUGGAUUGAAGAGAAAUUCGAGGACUAUAAGCUGCAGUUCAACCAGGAGCAGCAGAGCCUGAGCGUGUGGGAGCUGAUCAGCCUUGUUGGAAAGGGCAGUUUCAGCAAGGGCAUGGACCCCCAGACUCUCAGCAUGGCCAUCACCGAGGUCUUCCAGGAGCUCAUCCUGGACAUGCUCAAACAAGGCUACAUGAUGAAAAAGGGCCACAGAAGGAAAAACUGGACUGAGCGGUGGUUCUUGCUACGGCUCAACUCCAUCUCGUACUAUGCGAGUGAAGACCUCACAGAGAAGAAAGGUGACAUUGUGCUGGAUGGAGACUGCUGUGUUGAGUCUUUGCCAGACAAGGAGGGAAAGAAGUGCCUCUUCAUCAUCAAAUGUUCUGAUAAAAGCUUUGAGAUUAGUGCGUCUGAUAAGAAGAAGAAACAAGAAUGGAUUCAAGCCAUCCAGACCUCCAUCAACCUGCUGCGGCUGGGUCAGCCGGCACCACACACCGAAGCCCGACAGAAGCGCAAGGAGCUGCGGCAGAAGCUGCAGGCAGAGCAGGAGGAGCUGCAGAAAAGGAUGAAGGAGCUGCAAACCGCCAACGAGAACAAGCAGUGGGAGCUGGAGAGCAUGAGGAAGAAACUGAAGGAAGCGGCAGCCCAUGCGGAAGAGGAGGAGCAGCGGCGUCUGCAGACGCAGAAGGAGCUGCAGGAGAGCUACAGAAUGGAGCUGGACAGGGAGAAAAUGGUGCGUCAGCAGAUGGAGGAACAAGUGGCCCAGAAGUCAAGUGAGUUGGAGCAGUAUCUGCAACGUGUGAAGGAGCUAGAGUACAUGUAUCACUGCAUGGAGGAGGCGCUGGAGGACGAACGGCAGGCCCGGCAGGACGCGGAGACGGUGCGCAAACUGCAGGCCAGGCUGCUGGACGAGGAGGUGUCCAAGAGGGCAGAACUGGAGCAGAUCCGUCUGCAACAGCAGAAGGCCAUCUCCCAGACAGAGGCGGAGAAGCAGCUGCUGGAGAACGAGCGGCUGGCCAAGGAGGAGGCGCUGCAGGAGGCCUUGGAGCAGCUGGAACACUUGCAGAGCGAAAGAGAGGAUGCGCUACAGCAGUAUGAGGAAAUGACUAAGAAAUUGGAGGAUGCUGCCAGUAAGACAAAGAGCUGGAAGGACAAAGUUGCCCAACAGGAGGGACUCAUUCGCAUCAUUCAGCCAGGCUCAAAGGGACCAUGCAAGAUGACAAACUGGGGAGCAGCUGCUUUCACAGAAACAGAACUGACCAUGAGAGAAAAGAGCUGGCAAGAUCAAAAGAACAGGUCCACCCAGGCCUAGCAAAACGCAGUCCUGUCAUCAGUGUGAAAAUCUGUCAAGUGCUGAUUAGAUAAUACUGCAACAUCGCAGUAUUACAGUGUGUCAUAAAGAUAGUGUAAUGCUGGGGUUUUGCGAUUGUGCUGAAAGAUGAUUUGUCUCUGUCAUCAGUUCUGGAAUGUUAUCCUGAACAGCACCAGAAACACAAAGCAAACAUGACACAGGGAUAAGCCCUAAUCAGACAGGUGAAUCACAGCAGUUUCUGACCAUUACAUUCCAUAAAAUGACUGCUUCUAAAUAUUUUUACUUUUUCAUUUCAUUUUUCCUUAGUUUUCACUCUAAAUAUUUGUUUUUUCUUUUGCCAAAAUAUUAAAGAAGUUAAAACUACUUUUCAUUAUCGACAAUUUUGUCUCGCCAUUGUUAAAAUAUCCACUGUUUUAAAUACAUUUCAGAAAGUACAUAUUUAUUGGUUCGGGCACUGGCAACAUUACUGUACUCUCUCAUACUAAAUAUAUAAUGACAUCAUACUACAAACUGAGAAUUAUUGUAAGGACCUUUUGUUUUUACUUUAAUACUUUGUACCUUAUGCAUAGUUUAUAUUGCUAUGAAUUGUGCUGACUACUGAUUUGUGGUUAAACCAUUAAAACAUACUACUAAAUCCA